CUGCAGUCUUGGGCUCCGCUGUGCGAACGUUCUGAAGUCACUCUCUUGUUUUAUUGUCGUCACUAGUCAUCAUCAGUCAUCAUGCCACUGUACGAUCCACCAGCCUAUUUGACAAAGGAGCAGCAGAAGGAGCUGGCAGAUAUUGCUAAAGCUAUUGUAGCGCCUGGUAAAGGCAUUCUUGCUGCUGAUGAGAGUACAGGUACUAUGGGAAAACGUUUUUCCAACAUCAACUGUGAGAAUAUUGAAGAGCGUCGUCAGUAUCGUCAACUUUUAUUCUCUGCCGGCAAUGAAGUAAGCAACAACAUCAGUGGUGUCAUUCUAUUCCAUGAGACUUUCUAUCAGAAGAACGAUGAAGGUGUACUCUUCACUGAUUUACUCAAAAGCAAAGGAAUCAUUCCUGGUAUCAAGGUUGACAAGGGUGUAGUACCUCUUGGAGGCACCAACAAUGAAUGUACAACUCAAGGAUUGGAUGGGCUUGCAGAACGCUGUGCACAGUAUAAAAAAGAUGGAGCCCAGUUUGCCAAGUGGCGCUGUGUACUCAAGAUUACUGAACAUACUCCUUCACAUCUAGCAGUUAUUGAAAAUGCUAAUGUACUUGCUCGUUAUGCAACUAUUUGCCAACAGAAUGGCCUGGUUCCCAUUGUGGAGCCUGAGAUCUUACCUGAUGGUGAGCAUGAUUUACGUAGAUGCCAGUAUGAAACAGAGAGAGUACUUGCAUUUGUCUACAAAGCUUUGGCUGAUCACCACGUGUUCUUGGAAGGCACGUUAUUGAAACCAAAUAUGGUCACAGCCGGUCACAGCUGCACAACCAAGUACACAGCCCAGGAUAUUGCAUAUGCUACUGUGACAGCUCUCUCCAGAACUGUUCCAGCAGCUGUUCCAGGCGUCACUUUCUUGUCUGGUGGCCAGUCUGAGGAAGAAGCUACUGUCAACCUGGAUGCCAUCAACAAAUGGCAAGGCAAGAAGCCAUGGUCUCUCUCCUUCUCAUAUGGCCGGGCUCUGCAAGCUAGUGUGUUGAAGGCUUGGCAAGGAAAGAAAGAAAACAUCAAGGCUGCUCAAGAAGAGCUUCUCAAAAGAGCCAAGGGAAAUGGUGCUGCUGCUCUGGGCAAAUAUGAAGGUGGUGUAUCUGGUGCCAGUGCCGGGGAAUCGUUGUAUGUGGCUAACCAUGCUUAUUAACAUGCAUGACAUGAAGAAAAUUCAGACAGAUUGUAGCUUUUAUCAUUGUUUUUGAUGACUUGUGUAGAUAAAUCAUUGUAUUUAAUUUAAUCAGUAUUUCAUGAAAAUAACUGCACUGUUAGAUUCAUAAGGGCAUAUACUGAUGGCGUUGUAGUGCAGUUGAGGAGUAUUACUUAUGUUUGCUUGUGUUAUAAUUUUAAUUAUAUUUUGAUGUCAUCACAAUUGGGGAGGGAUGAAUGUAACUUGUGUACAUACUGCAUUUUCAAUGUGAGAUGAGCUAUAGUGGGUGGUGAAACCAAGGAAUACACUUUUUUUUUAUAGUCUCUGCAAUAAGCUUUCCCCAGUUUAUAUGAUUUGUCGCCUUCAUGUCGUAGUGCUCAUACCGUUUGGCUUCAUCAGCAUAAUAUCCAUGUUACAUUACCAUGUGAAACUGAUGUGUAGACUUCUUGAGGGGACAAUCUAUCAUUUAUGUAAAGUGAUGCAUCAACUCGUUCAUGGUGAUAAAUAACCAUAAUUGUAACCAUUAACUUUGUACAAUGCACUUGUAUUGAGCAUGGAUUGUUUGUGAUGAGUAGACCAAAGAUAAAUAAAAUACAUUUUAUUUGUUCUCCUGU